AUGUCCUCAACUUUGUCCUCACUGAAGCAGGACACCACAUCGUCAUCGUUGCCAUCUAUUAGACCCAUAUCUGACUUCCCUCCAUGUUUACUUUCCUCGCACUCUCGCCGCGGAGACGACACAUCAUUGUCAACACUUUCACAUUUCAAGCCAAUCAGAGAAGGUGGGAGAUCAGCAUUCACAAUACACAGACCUAUCCGAACUCAAGUUUCCGUGGAAGUACACCAGCAGGCUCACAACCGCGAUGGCGGUAACUAUAGCAACAAUAGCUCCGAGGAGCUGCAUCAAAGACUUCUGGGACGACUGGACAGGACCUAUUCUCAGGCUUUCUCCUCGCAGAGUAACCACUUGUCCCAACGACAAGGCUUUGCUCGACCCGCCAACUCCCACAGCUUGGAGUCUCCACGGCAAAGUUCGUACAAAGAUAGCAGACAGGUCAGAAGUCAUGACGACUGUCUAGAAGAUUAUGAUGUGCUCAAAAUCACCGAGUUCUCUAAGGGUCCCUUCUACAACACCGACUACGACAUCAUUUCAGAGUUAGCGUCGCCCACUAGUUCCAAGGUCAGGUACAAUGACACCGGAAGUCUGGAGCAACUUAACGAAGACAGUGCUCCUUUUGCUUGUGGUCUUGAGUUCGACGCUUUGAUAAAGAUGGAGGACAGCCGAGAGCAGGCAGCCCUGGACGACAGGCGAGACCAGGAUCAUUCAGAAGAUACCGAGGACAGCGCCGAGACGCUGAAUGGCAACAGGAAGUAUCGAGCCUUGUGGAGGCUGAGAGCAACUCUAGAAGAGGAAGAGGAAUGCAGUGACACGGUCAGAAUGGAGGACCUCACGUCGCCUGAUGAUUCUUUUGAACGCGAGCACGUGACACCAAACACAACCUCGUUCGAAUCCAACGCCCAGAGUGAGCCCUGCCCUAGCGACCACCGAGACAGUGGCAUUCAGUUUGAGAUCUGCUCAACCAGACCUCUCAACCACGUGAAUUUCCUCCAUCCCAACUACGAAAAUCGCCGGCAGAACUACAGGAACGUCAUGGGUGGCCGCUUCAAGAGGGGUAACCAGUCAACCAGCGUGGAGAACAGCUUCGACAGCGUGGAGACGGACGGGGACAUCUCGGACACGUCUAGGUAUGAGAUGACCACCACCUCGUUCGAGUCGUCCACGACCACGGACAACACGGACAGCACCAACGAGAGCCAGGCCAGCAAGCUGGUGCAGAUGAAAGCAGACAGCGGCUACAAGUCGCUGGAGACCCAGCAGCAAAGUUCUAAGGAGAUGGGCGACCACGACGCGGCAAGGUGGGACUUUAGAGCCAGUGUUGAAUGUGGUGAGGGGAUAGCUGCUCGCAGAGACCGCCGGACCAGUCUAGAGAGGGCAGAUAUGGUCUGUUAUGCAUUUGGGCAGCCUGGAGCUGUAGGGCUCAUCGGUGAUUCAGGUAAAACAUACCCUCAUCAGGGAAUGCGUCGAAGUAGUGGUACAGCGGCGCAAGUUAGGUGUGACCCCACCUGGAGACCCGUCCAUGCCGCCUCUCACUUUACCCGUCGGGACGUGAAGACGGCCUCGAAGAAACGGCGCGAGUACUCACGAGAGAGACAACUAGUGCACGUGUGUGAAAGUAUACAGGAGCCGGCAGUCGAACUUAGAACAGACAUGCUAACACGUGAGGACACCACAACGCCACAUAAGAUUUCCGUGUUCGCCAGAUUUUUCCGCUCGCACCCGCGGGGACACAGGAGCCAGUACUUGGCUAGGGACUACAGCAUCGACCAGAAAACUAACUCUAUUUUCAACGAGUUCGUCCGCCAGGAGAUCUCCCCAACCGUCCCAGAAAGCACUUCGAUGCCCCGGCUUAACAGACAUCGACUGCAGCGGAAGCACACAGAGCCGAUGCUGCUGACCGAGGCAAGGGCGACGAGCAGAGACCGACUCGCCCCGAGCAUGCGCAGUGCCAGUCUGGGCAGUGAGAGCAGCGUCGGCUCGGCCAGACGGAUCUCCCCACAAGACAGCAUCGAGGAGAAAGACGAUGAGAUGGGCGACGAAACCGUAUUCUUACACCGUCUGCCUGUGUGGUCCAGCUUUAGAUCUCCGGAUAUCAACCUUGUGUCGCGACAGGUUCAAACCUUGUCCGUCCACGACAUCCCCGUAAUCAAGCUCUCAGAACAGGAAGUGCCAGAAAUAACGUGA